UUUGUAUUUAUUCAUUUCCAUUACGAAUUCUGAAUCACCACAAGAGUUUAGAAAAUAGUUUAGAAAUUAUGCCAGAAGAAGUUGCAACCAUAAAAACCAAAAUAGAAUAUCCAGAAUGUGAAGAUAUGGAUGGAUUAUUGAAAAUGGCUAAAGAACUUAUUGGGGAAGUUGCAGUAGUUGGAGAAGUGGUAAAACCUUAUGGACCAUUAAUUAUUUCUCUCACUGAUUCUAUUAGAAGAAUUUAUAAUUCAUAUGAGUACGCUCAAUAUAAUAAAAAGAUCAGUAAUGCAUUAUUAGACAGAGUUGAUUGUGUGGGAGCACCGGUUAAAGCAUUAAAAAGACGUAAAGAUAAAAUUGAGAACAAUUUUCUUAAAAAAAAUUAUUAUUAUGCUUUAAUACGUCUUCUUGCCAUAUUGAAAAAAACUCAACAAUUUAUUACUGAUGUUUCUUCACUUUGGAGUUUACGUAAAUUUCCCACAACUAAAUCAAUGAAAGAAAGAUUUGAAAGGAUUGCAAAAGAGUUUGAUGAAGUUAUUGCAGAUUUAAAUCUCGAAAUAGGUCAAGAUUUGGAAUUGCAAAAGAGGAAAGAUUAUCAAGCACUGAAAACUGAUAUUAAUAUAUUAAAUGAGUUUCUGGAAAAUAUUGGUUCACCAAUAACAACACCCAAAAAACAAAUUAAAGAAUUAAUCAAUAAUACUCGUCCCAAAACCAAAGAUCGAUUUGGAAAUGUGAUAAAAAGGUGGUGGAAAGUAGCUGAUAAACCUGUAGCUUGUAAAUUAUUUGAUACGAUACAAUCGCAAAAAUUUCAAGAUCAAUUAGUUCUUUUGAAUAAAUUAAAUAGUUGCACCAAUUUAAUUAAAUUUUAUGGAUUAUCAACUUUGGAAUUUGGACCAACAACUUCUAAUACUGUUAUAGUUUAUGAAUGGGCAGAAUUGGGAAAUUUGAAAAGUUUAUAUGAAAAAUAUACCAUCGAUUGGGAUAUGAAAUUUGAAAUUGCGGUUGGAAUAUGUCGAGGACUUUUAUUUUUACAUGGAUGUGAUAUUAUGCAUCACGAUGUCAGAUCCAAGAUUGUAAAUUUCAGAUUAUGUCGUCCAACACAUGAUGAUAAAGAAUUUCAAAAUGUAUCUGAUCCUCUUGAACAUUGGAUGGCACCUGAACAAUUUCGUAAUGAAAAGAGAGCAGGAUAUUAUACUUUUAAGUGUGAUAUCUUUAGGGUUCCUUAUAGAGGAUGGGAUGACAUAAAGAUUGCAAACCAUGUAUCGGCUGGAAAUAGAGAAAACAUAUACUUUAAAAACAUGACCAUUCUUUCAAAUAAUUAUGAAGUAGAAUUUGCAAAAAUAAUUAGAGCUGCAUGGCAAGACGAUCCGCUUCUUCGCCCCGGUCUUUACAAGAUGUUUCUAAGUCUAGAUGCAUUAAAUAAACAACAAAAUUUAUCCAAAGAAGGAAUGGAAAGAAUGGAUAUAAAAUUGAAACCUCGUACAUUCAAUGAUGAUGAUCAAGUCAUUCCUGUCUUUCCAGAAUUUGAAUAUUCAAAUAUUGAUAAGGACGUGAAGGAUGUUAAUGUUGUUGAUAAACAUGAAGGAGGAGAUUACAGAGAAUUAGAUACCAUCAAAACUGAUGAAUUUUUAAUGUCCAUAAAACCAAUGUUUAAACUUUCCGAUGGCAUAAAGGCUCAUGAACGAGGAGAUCAUCAAAAAGCAUGGGAAUGUUUUAAUCUACAUUCUACAAAUAACAAUCCUCGGGCAAAAUAUUGGAAGGCAUAUUAUCUUUGGGAUGGAAUAUAUGAAAAAAAGAAUCGUGAAUUGGCUAUUGAAAUAUUAAAAGAAGCUGUGAAUCAAAAUGAUACUGCAAAUAAUAACAAUUUAGAUGCAUUAUACAAUUUAGGAGAAAUUUAUUUAUAUGGGAAAUAUAAUGUUGAAAAAAAUGAAGAAAAAGCUAUACAAUAUUUGAAGUUGGCGUCUUUGAAAGAAGAACCAAGAUCUAUUGAAUUACUUGAUAAAUUAGGAAUAAAAUUAUUUGAGUCUUCCAACUGUUAA